AUGUCGAAGAAACAGGAAACCACCAUCUUGGUAAGCGACGAUGAAGGGAUAAGCAGCAGAGCAACAAUGCGGAUUCCCGCAUUCUGGCCAGAAGAUCCAGAAAUAUGGUUCGCGCAGCUAGAGAGCCAGUUCGCUCUCUGUGGAGUAAGAGAAGACGAAGCAAAGUACGCAUAUGUACUAUCAAAAUUGGAGCCAAAACAAGCGAGAGAGGUGAAGGAUGUAAUUACACAACCACCGACUGGAAGCAAAUAUCCUACAGUAAAGAAAGCAUUAAUCCAGCGUUUGACGGACUCACAGGAAAACCGCAUCCGGCAACUUCUGGAGCAAGAAGAACUAGGAGAUAGAAGACCNUCACAGUUCCUACGCCAUUUAAAAACUUUGGCAGGGACAACAGUAUCAGACAAAGUAUUACGAACACUAUGGCUGGGCCGCCUACCACCACAAGUACAAGCAAUUUUGGCGACAAGGGCAGAAGACGACAUAGACAGCGUGGCCGAACAGGCGGGGGUUUACAAGGAUGAGCGGACAAACAGCUGUUUGUUUGUCGUAUCUUAG